UUUCGCUCGCCGUAGCUGCUGACAUGUCUCUUCCUGAUGAAGGGAGGAGCUAGAGGGCUUUUCCUGAGCUCAACACCUAAUGAUGUUGAGUUCAACAUGAAAUCUUUACAUUUAUUUUCUAACUCUUUAGUAAAAUUCAAAACAAGGUAAAACGGACGAACUGCACAGGUGUGGCUGAAAACACCAAUUAUAUGUUCAACCAUGAGGAGGAGGAAGGUACCAGAUCUGUACAGAGCCCCCUUUCCAUUGUACAGCAUUAAAGUGGACCCUGCUACCGGACUGGUGAUCACAGCAGGAGGGGGUGGAGCUUCAAAGACUGGCAUCAAAAAUGCAGUGCUCUUCCUGGAUCUGCAGCUGGCUGGAGAACACCAGUACAGUUCCAGUCUUCUCCACUCUCAUGACACAGACACACGUGCCACCAUGAACAUGGCUGUGGGUGAUGGAGUCAUAGCUGCAGGACAGGACGGGACCUGCUGCCUCAUGACCUUUAAACUCCUCACACAGAAAGGAGGAAGUGUUGCUCCUAAACAUGGUAACAGCGCACAGUUGGGCAACACCCGGAGGCGAGCUGGAAAAACAGACAGUACCAAGUCUGGAGACAUGUCCGACAUGAAGGACGACACGGCUCAUGUCACUGUGACGGCUUUAGCUGACGUACAGUCGGACCUGAACCCGCAGGACCCACUCCAGAAGGUGGUCCGCUUCAGUCCAGAUAUGAAGCUCCUGCUGACUGGAGGCACAGAUGGACACGUCAGAGUCUGGGAGUUUCCAUCCCUCAAGAAAAAGUUUGACUUCAAAGCACAUGAAGGGGAGAUUGAAGACUUGGAUAUAAGUGCAGGAAACAAGCAUCUGGUAACCAUUGGCCGAGACUUUGCCUGCAGUGUGUGGAGUGGGAACCAGUUGGCUAUGAAGCUCCACUGGCAUCAGACUGUGCCUCAUAUAGCUGAGAAGUCGUAUCGGUAUUUGGCUUGCAGAUUUGGAAGGGUGGAGGACCAAAAGGGCUCUCUGAGGCUUUACACGGUGCAGAUUCCUCACAAACGAGACAGAAAACCUCCUCCCUGCUACCUCACCAAGUGGGACGGAAAGAGCUUUCUUCCCAUGUUGACGUGUCCCUGUGGUACUGAAGUGAUCUCCACCAUGACUGUCUGUGACUCUGGGAUGUUUCUUGGCCUUGGGACUGUGACUGGAUCAGUAGCAAUAUACAUCGCCUUCUCCCUGCAGAAGCUGUAUUACGUUCAGGAGUCUCACGGCAUUGUCGUGACGGAUCUGGCCUUCUUACCAGACUCCUUCAAAGGCAAAAACAUCAAGGGAAAAAAUGAAGUGGCCAUGCUGAGCGUAGCUGUCGACAGUCGCUGUCAAGUACAUACGGUCGCUGCUCAGAGGUAUCUCCCUAUCUGGCUGGUGAUCCUCCUCUGUGGCCUUAUGAUGGUGGGAGUGGCCUUCCUCUUACAGUACUGGUUUCCAGGAUUACUUUAAUCAGUGUGAACUUCAGCAGAGCUCAGUCCAAACAUCUACGCCCCGGCCAGCAGACCAUGCGUUUUAAUUUAUUUACUUUAAUCAACAUCAGUUCUUUUCCAAAUGUUCUGCAUUAUAACGUUGAAGGCUGUUUAAAAGGUGACUGACAUUUCAGUCAAACCCCUGAAUGAUUUCCAUCUUUUAAAACCAAUCUAGGUGUUUUUUAAUUUUCCCAAAUCAUCUUUGGAGGAAAAUAAACACAUUUAAACAGCAGUUGGGUUGUCUCGGUCCAGUUACCAGAAGUCACCUCACAGAAACAAAAGCGACAACUUAAAUUUACUGGAUAUGCUCCUAAAAGCCUCAAUGCAAAGGUCAGAAAUGAGGAGACUCCUGAGUUUCUGUAGUUUAAGACUGAACUGCAGUUUUAUAUUCAUGUCUGUUCCUCGUGUCACCUGCUUAGAAUGCUGGUCAUGAACAUGUCAGAUAACAACUCUAUAUGACUAUAUGAUUUAUGUCUAGUUUUCACAACCCAGCGAGGUCCUGGCUCAGAUGCAUCUGAAGGGGCAGCAUGGUGCAAAUGAACUAAAACUGGUUUAAUGAAGAAACUCCUUCAGCAGCAAUUCUGUAAGAUAAA